GGAUUUGACAUUAAAGAUUAUCCUGGUGCAGAUCCAAGGGUUACCAUAUUCCCUAGUCCAAACUACUUGGAAUGUCCUUCUAAUGUUAAAAUGAUGAAGGAUUAUUCUGCACAGGCACUUAAGCUGUACAAUCAAAAAUUUGACACUAAAUAUGAGGUCAAUGACACUCUCAAGGUUAAUGGAGAUGAGUGCGGCAUAUACGAUGUUUACUAUCUUACCUUUACGGUUACAAAGGGCGAGAAGGAAUAUUUUCAAGCUAAGGUGGUGGAACGUUUAGGCGAAUGGAGCUUCUGUCAUAUAGUGGAUGUGAAGUCUGUGCAUCAUUUUGCCCCGGGUUCAAGCUUUAGUUUUGCGUUUACAGCUCUUGUCGCCAUCCAUCGAUCCAUAGGCCAGAACACAAAAAAUCGCAAAAUAUUCUCAGCUUUUCAUAUUUUUCUCAUGUCUUAAAUAAAACUUUGUCUGCCCCUCCAAAAUAACACGGCCGUUAAGGGCGCUCAAGAAGUUUCGCCCAAAACACACUUCGGCGACCGCAACCCCAUUGAUCCAUAGGCGAACACACAAAAAAAUCGCAAAAUAUCCUUAAUCCUUAGUUUCAAUUAUUUUGCACAAAUGGCUUAAAAAAACCUCCACUUGCCCCCCAAACCAAUAUGAUCCAUUUAAUAGAUCGUCAGGGGAGGGCCUAAGAGGUUUCUCCCAAAACACACUCUGGCGAUCGCAACGCCGCGUCGAUCCAUAAGCUAACACACACGAAAAAUUGCAAAAAAUCCUUAGUUUUUAGUAUUUCGCGCAUAUGGCUUAAAAAAAGCCUCCGCCUGCCCGCCAAAACCAACAUGAUAUAUUUAAUAGGUUGUCAAAGGGCGUGCCCAAGAAAUUUUGGCCAAAACACACUCCGACGAUCGCAACCCCCAUCAAUCCAUAGGCUAACACACACGGAGAAUCAUGGUUGUGUUAUGGUCAUAAGGAUUUUUUGUGACUUUUCGUGUGUGUUGUGAAUGUAAAUUGACUGUCUGAAUUCGGCAUUUGAAAUAUCCCUCUGAGAAGUCGAGGGACGGUUAACAUUGGUCCUUGGAGCCCGACGGGGAUUGGUCGAGACUGGAGGGACUCCCGGAGUAGGGAUAUGAUUUGGGGUGUGAGCUCUGUUACGGGUCCUCAUCCCGUGGGUGGGACGGUAUGAUUUGGGGUGUGAGCUCUGUUACGGGUCCUCAUCCCGUGGGUGGGACGGACCUCAUCAGCCUGGGUAUUUUGAAUUUCGUUAAAAUUAGUUCUAGACAACAUAUAUACUUUCAUCAAAAUGACUCCAUGAUUCAUGCUUUUCAGCACAAUAUCAAAACCCUUCUUUAUAAAACAUGAUUAGAGAUCUUUAAUCUUGAUAAAACAUAGUCCCACAUACCUUAGAUUACUUAAUUUGAAAGAUGCAAUCCGAAUCUUGAUCUGUUUCUUGGGAUUCUUGAACUGAAGGAUUGAUCUCUUGACUUUUGGGGAAGAGUAGGGUUUUGUUUUUGAGAAAACUGCUAAAUUUUGGGCAUAUGAUGCCCUAUUGACGUUUUAAUCUUCUGUUAUUGCGACUUAUUUAUGGAAAAGACGACACUGCCCUUCGAAAUUAAAAUUUGCAUCAGAAUCCCAUUUUUUGGAGCCCACCGCGAUGCGAUGAAGGUCCCACCACUAUAGUUACCGCGACGCGGUGCAAUCGUGGUGACAUUCUGUUUUCAAAUUCCAAUCAUGCCUCAAACCCUAUCCAAAAAAUCCAAAACUUCCCCGAGACAUCCUCUUUACACCCCUGGACAUGAAUCAAAUCUAAAAUUUACGUCUCGGGGUCGGGAAGGUCAAAUUUAAAAUCAUUGAAGUCUAGGAGCUUAAAAUAUGACCAAGUCUUUUAACACUUAAUUUUUUUAGGUUGUUAGCUCUAUAAGCAUGCUACUAAGUGUGGUACUACGCCGACAAUGUUACGGAGCGUUACAACUUUGUGGUAGUCUUGUUUCUGCUAUUAUUUGUCAUUUUGUUAUUAUCUAUUGUUUUUUGUUCUUAUAUUAUGUUUUGUUAUAGAAUAUUUUGUUAUGAGCCAGGUUUAUCGAAAAAAAAAAACACUCUCUACCUUAUCUGAAAUGAGUACACUUUACCCUCUUCCUAGACCCCACUUUGUGGGAAUAUACAAAGUAUGUCGUUGUUGUAAAAACAACACAAAAGUUAAGUCAGAAUAAUUGCAAUAAUCUCUGAUUGUCUUUUGCAGUCAUGGUUAAAGCAACUACAGAAAUAGAAGGCGUCGCAAUGCGUGAAUGUUCAAAACUUAGGAAGAAGCCUUUCUUCCGAAAGGCAUUCCUGGUUUUUCAAAUUAGCUUUUCUUGGGUUGGAAAAAAGUGCUUUCUCCGCCCACAAAGUCAGAAAAAAACUAAGCAUACGCUUCCAUUGGAGCCAUGUCGGCAACUGUAUCCAAUAAAAGCAAAAAGUCUGUCGUCCCCUUAUCGAAGCAGCAUUUGACAGACUACUUGCUCAAGUACUAUCCGGAUCCUAAGAAAGAGGCAGAGUUGAAGGAAGGUGAGACGUACGGAGAUAGUUGUUCUAAGGCUUAUAGGUUUGCUGUUGAACAGGGCAUUGCAGAAGAAGAACAAUAUCCCUACGCUAUGAGAAGAGGCGAUUGCAAAUGCACAGAUGAAAUG